AUGACUAAAUUGACGGUGCUAAUUGGCAUUGUGGUCCACCGCAAAUGUCAAAAUAGUCAACCAGAGCGGAAAUCCUUGGACCACAGUCUGACAGUCAUCAGGCAGACGGUGGCCGGGAAGAUUUCCGCAAACUUUUGGGCGGCACCGCUAAGAACCGUAACGGACACCUACACCUUACCGGAACCGGGAGUAUGCGGGGUGAGUUUGGGAGAUCGAAUCCUUGGCGGCAAGAAAACGGCCAUCAACGCCUAUCCCUGGACUGCGCUGCUGCUGGUUCAACCGAUCAUUGGCAAGGCCGUAUCGUACGGAUGUGGAGGAUCGCUGAUUUCCGACCAGUUCGUUCUGACUGCCGCCCACUGCUUCGAGGAACUUCCGUUUGAGGUUCGCGUAACCCAGGUUCGACUAGGCGAAUGGGACAUUCUGGCCGAUGAGGACUGUGUCGAAGGCGAUUGCUCUGAUAAGCCGAUCGAUGUGCGCAUAGGAGGUCACGUGGUUCAUGCCGAUUAUGACUCGGCCAACAUUCACAACGAUAUAGCGCUGAUCAAACUGGCACACCCGGUCAAUUUCACCGAUUUCAUCUCGCCAGUCUGUCUGCCGCUGGCUGAUAAUCUACGGUCGGUCAAUGAGGAUGGAAAAACUUUCACGGUCGUUGGAUGGGGAGCAACUGAGAAUGGAACCCAGGCACCGGGAGUUUUCGGAAACCAAUACAAGUUGGAGGUGGACGUCCCGGGAGUGUCUUUGGAGAAGUGCCGGGUCCCAUAUCCGGAUCUGCUAGAUUCGGAAAUGUGUGCCGGCGGAGAGGAAGGAAAGGAUUCCUGUCAAGGUGAUUCCGGUGGAUGUAUGGCUGCUAAUGAUGAUGGUUACUGGUAUCAGUAUGGUGUCGUAAGCUGGGGCAAAGGUUGUGGACGGAAGGGUGUUCCCGGUGUUUAUGCGCGAGUUACCAGCUAUCUGGAUUGGAUCAAGGAAAAGAUGAACGGUCCUUUCGCGAAGGAACCGAAAUGGCCGAUUUUCCCAUAGAAUCUAGAGGACUAAAUAUUUAUCCAUGAGCUCAAAAGUUCGAUCCAAUUUUAAGCUGAAAGUUUAUGUUUGGCAAGAAAAUAAACAGAAUCAAAAAAAAAUUCAGAAAUACAUAUACCAAAUUUUUAAUAUGAUAAUCCACA